CUGGAACAGGAUCGGUAGAAUGCAAUCGGCUGUCUUUUUCUGUUACACUUGAGAUGUCACAUUGGCGUAUUCUCGCAUCAUAUACCGCUCGGGUGAAGCAUAUCACAUGGCGGGUCAAUGAUCCUGUGCUCGACGUGCACGAGGAAGUCUGUAAGGCGCUACGUUUUUGCCCUGUGCAUGACCUAUUUCCGAAGCUGCAGGCGAUCGGCCUCCAUAGGCCUAGUCCCGUUCAACUAGACGUCGUGCGACACGUCAUGCUUCAUUCGCGGAUACGAUCCUUGGAAGUCAACAGUGUUCAUCCAAGGUUGGUCUUGUACUGGAUACCCGACCUCGCUCAGCGCUGUCCAUUCCUCGAAGUCUUGGUCCUCAAGGAAACUUCGACCUGGGUGAAUGCGACUCGGAGCCUCCUCCAGCCUUGUCGGUCGUCAUUUCAUCACUCAAGCACCUACGUGCGCUGAUUUGUGGCCACACCAACGAGUCAUCUCCGUGGCUGAACAAAAGCGUUCCGGCUCUCCCACAUACACUAAACUAUUUGUCACUCUGCACGCCUUCCUGGGAGGUAACGGUCAGGGGCCUCGAUAAACUAAUAGGGCCUAACUAUGGAUCUCGGAUGGACUCCAAGCAAGUUCGUAACCUGCGAGGGAUGCUCCUUGGAGUCGGUCCACGCUCUGCGCCGUCAGAUGGAGGUCCAUUGCUUACGCUCACGUCCACGCUUGGAAGCCGUGUCUCAGCUGCCCAUUUGCAGUUCUUGACCCUCCUCCACCUGCCCCGCUACCAGGUCGGCACUCCCCAACCACAGAGCACCCUGCAGCACUUCAACUUUGAGUCCUUUCAGCCGCUCACUUCGUUCUUUCAGUUGAAGGAACUAAGUCUGUUGUAUGGGCGCCCGCGUUCGAUCCACCUGAGCAACACAGAACUUCUGUAUCUCGCAUCGCACUGGCCUCACCUUGAGACACUCAACAUCCAUUACGUCCGUCACGCCUUGGCGGCGUCCUCGCUUCACGUUGCCCGUUUCGGACUUUGCGGCGCUACUUCAACGCUUGCCACGGCUGUGUAAUACCACAAUCAGGGUCGAAGUACAGCAGGCGGAGUUAGCUUCCAAGAAGCGGCGAUAUACGCAGAACAUCCAGAUCAAGAAACUGUUCCUCGUUUGGCCCCGUUACGAGGAGGAAAGCACGAUAGAGCAGCUGGCGAGUAUACUGAGGGCACCUGUCCCCAGCUUAUCGGAGCACUUAGACGAAAGCCUUCU